AUUGAUGGCUGUCCAUUCAUAUUCUAAAUUUCUGUUAGUAAGCAUUAGUAUGUAAAUUUAAUAGUAUCAAAGUGAUGCUUACAAAUGAAUCUUCACUUAGCAAAAGAAAAAGAAAAAAACGACACUCACCGUUAGAUUUCUUUGAAAAAAGGCAUUGGUUCAUGAAACUGAAUAAAACAAAUGUUAGACGGCAGUUUAACAAUGACAUAACCACCUGUAUUGCAUGGCACCUAGAAGCCCAAGUCUUGGGCCAGGGCCCCAUUGUCCUAGAUGCUGUACAAACAGAAUAAAAAAAGAUGGUCUUUGCCCCCUAGAGUUUACAGUGUAAGUAAAUUAUACAUUAAUAUAAAUCUUUAAUAGUACAUUCUGAUUUUAUGACAGCUAAAAGUUGGUAACAUUAUCAGUUCAGAUCAUUGGGAAUUUCACUCUGGACAUUCAAAGUUCUGCAUGAAAAAUGUCAAGCUCCUUCAAAAGAACCCUGCUUCUGCAACUUUCCAAGAGUAGGAGUGCCAAACCCAUUGGCUUCUGAAAUAGGUCUGCUACAGUGUGCCGCAUCUUUGCUUACUUAAACUACCAUGUUCCCCGGACAAGACGGGAGAUCCUGGAGACCCUUAUCAAAGGGCUUCAGAGAUUGGAGUACAGAGGAUAUGAUUCUGCAGGUGUGGGAAUCGAUGGAGGAAAUGACAAAGACUGGGAGACUAAUGCCGGCAAAAUCCAACUGAUCAAAAAGAAGGGGAAAGUGAAGGCUCUGGAUGAAGAGGUUAACAAACAACAGGAUAUGGACCUGGACAUUGAGUUUGAUGUACAUCUUGGCAUUGCACAUACCCGAUGGGCUACCCAUGGUGAGCCCAGUCCCGUCAAUAGCCACCCGCAGCGCUCAGAUAAAAACAAUGAAUUUAUUGUUAUCCACAAUGGCAUUAUAACCAACUACAAAGAUCUGAGAAAAUUUUUGGAAAGCAAAGGGUAUGAUUUUGAGUCUGAGACCGACACAGAAACCAUUGCCAAGCUUGUCAAGUACAUGUACGACAACCGCGAAAGUGAUGACAUCAGCUUCACCACCUUGGUGGAGAGGGUUAUCCAGCAACUGGAAGGUGCUUUUGCCCUUGUGUUUAAAAGUGUCCAUUACCAUGGUCAAGCAGUUGGCACCAGACGAGGAAGCCCCCUGCUGAUUGGGGUUCGAAGUGAACACAAGCUCUCCACUGACCACAUUCCAAUCCUGUACAGAACAGGUAAAGACAAGAAAGGAAGCUGCAGCCUCUCCCGUAUCGACAGCACCACCUGUCUUUUCCCUGUUGAAGAGAAAGCUGUGGAGUACUAUUUUGCUUCUGACGCGAGUGCUGUCAUUGAGCACACCAACAGAGUGAUUUUCCUUGAAGACGAUGAUGUAGCAGCUGUGGUGGAUGGUCGUCUUUCUAUCCACCGGAUCAAACGCACAGCAGGUGACCACCCUGGGCGUGCAGUCCAGACCCUGCAGAUGGAACUUCAGCAGAUUAUGAAGGGUAACUUCAGUUCAUUUAUGCAGAAGGAAAUUUUUGAGCAACCAGAAUCUGUUGUUAACACAAUGAGAGGAAGAGUCAACUUUGAUGACUACACUGUGAAUCUGGGCGGGUUGAAGGAUCACAUCAAGGAGAUUCAGAGGUGUCGACGUUUAAUCCUGAUUGCUUGUGGGACAAGUUACCACGCCGGAGUUGCGACUCGUCAAGUGCUAGAAGAAUUGACUGAAUUGCCUGUUAUGGUUGAACUAGCCAGUGACUUUUUGGACAGAAACACUCCAGUCUUCAGAGAUGACGUCUGCUUUUUUAUCAGCCAGUCAGGCGAGACAGCAGAUACUUUGAUGGGUCUUCGGUACUGUAAGGAAAGGGGAGCCCUCACUGUAGGAAUAACUAAUACCGUGGGCAGCUCCAUAUCCAGGGAGACAGACUGCGGUGUCCAUAUCAACGCAGGACCAGAGAUUGGUGUGGCCAGCACAAAGGCCUACACUAGCCAGUUUGUUUCUCUGGUGAUGUUUGCCCUCAUGAUGUGUGAUGAUAGGAUUUCUAUGCAAGAAAGACGCAAAGAAAUCAUGCGAGGUCUAAAGGUCCUACCAGACUUGAUUAAAGAAGUGCUGAGCAUGGAUGAUGAGAUCCAGAAACUGGCCACAGAGCUUUACCAUCAGAAGUCUGUCUUGAUUAUGGGACGUGGCUAUCACUACGCUACAUGUCUGGAGGGAGCUUUGAAAAUAAAAGAGAUCACAUACAUGCACUCCGAAGGCAUAAUGGCUGGUGAGCUGAAGCACGGUCCCCUCGCCCUGGUAGACAAAUUGAUGCCUGUUAUCAUGAUCAUCAUGAGAGACCAUACCUAUGCUAAGUGCCAGAAUGCUCUCCAACAGGUUAUAGCACGGCAGGGGCGACCGGUAGUGAUUUGUGAUAAGGAAGACACAGAGACAAUAAAUAAUAAUAAGAGGACAAUCAAAGUUCCUCAUUCUGUGGACUGUCUGCAGGGAAUCCUGAGUGUCAUCCCUUUACAGCUUCUGGCUUUCCAUCUUGCAGUUCUCAGAGGAUAUGAUGUUGAUUUCCCGAGAAAUCUGGCCAAAUCUGUAACUGUAGAGUAAAAGCGCAUCUGAAUCUUAGGGGUAUGGGGAAGUAAAUGAAGAGACUUUUGGGGUACCAAAAUACCUUGAUUUUAAAGUCCCCUAGAUCAAAUCACCAUAAUUGUUACAUUAGUGAUUGUCAAAUUGAUUCCAUAUGCCCUGUCAUUAGCUUUGUUUUGUUGAAAGGUGCUCACUAGGAGACUUGGUAAAGAGGUGAGAUAAGUUAGGUAUAAAUGAACCUCCCUGAUCUAUGCAGAUACUUUAGUCAAUUGCAUGUGCCUCAGCUAGUGAAGGUAGGUGCCACCAACUGACAUGGAAAUUAGAGCUGUAACAGGCUAUAAAUGAGCAUACAGACACGAUGGUUUAGAAGAGAUUGUGCCCUGUUUACAUAAAAAGAUUUAAGGAGAGAUUGAUCAAUCACUGGAUUUCCCUUUAUGUAAUUUGGUUAGCAUGCCGAAAAUUAGCCUCAGAAAGAAUCUGGUCUAUGCCAAAUGCCUAGCAACUGACAAUCCUGCAGAGACAGUGGGCCAAAAUCUGCUGUUAGACAACAGAACUCCAGAGUUGUUGGAGCUCAUUCUAAAUGAGAGCAGCAGCUGACCCAAUGUUCGCAAACAAUAUCAUCCCCUUGUUGCGUGGGAAGAAGGAGAAAUCUAUUGCUCCUACGUGACCAUUGCAACACUAUAGAGAAUUCCAAUUUAGGUGCUGGCUUUAUUUUACUGCUGCGGUUAGCAAGUAUGAUUUGGAACAUGUACAAGAAACUUGCUCUCAGAACAGGAUCCUUGUAUGUGCACA